UGGGGAUGGAGGUGUCUUAAGCGUUGAUAAUAGUCUGUGUUAUUGAAGCUUUUCUUAUAAUAUUUUUAUCAGAGAGCCCAUGAUAAUGGAUCAUAGAGAGAAGAACCUUAAGAAGAGAAGCUACUGUGACGAUUUUUUCAAGUAUGGUUUCACUUCAAUAGUUGCAGUAGGAAUUGAGAAACCGCAAUGCAUUAUUUGUAAUAAAGUUCUCUCAGCCGAAUCUAUGAAGCCCAACAAACUGAAACGUCAUUUUGAUACCAAGCAUCCAAGCUUUGCUGGCAAGGAUAUCCAGUAUUUUAAAAACAAAGCUGAUGGUGUCAAGAAAAGCAGACUUGAUACUGGUGGCAAGUACCACAAGCAAAACCUAGCAGCUGUUGAAGCUUCAUAUUUGGUGGCUCUCAGAAUCGCCAGAGCUAAGAAACCUCACACCAUUGCUGAGGAUUUGCUGUUGCCAGCAGUCAAAGACAUUGUUCGCGUUAUGAUUGGAGCCGAAUUUGUUACGAAAUUGAGUGCAAUUUCCUUAUCUAACGACACUGUCAGCAGGAGAAUAGGUGACAUGUCUGCUGAUAUUAUUGAUCAGGUAAUCCAGGAAAUUAAAUCUGCUCCACUUGGAAUAUUUAGCAUCCAGCUUGAUGAAUCCACAGAUGUUGCAAACUGUUCUCAUUUACUGGUUUACGUGAGGUAUAUUCAUGAUGGCAACUUUAAAGAUGAGUUUCUUUUUUGCAAACCUCUUGAAACAACAACUACUGCACGUGAUGUGUUUGACACAAUUGGUUCAUUUCUGGAAAAACACAAGAUCUCUUGGGAAAAGGUUUGUGGUGUUUGCACAGAUGGUGCUCCAGCUAUGCUAGGAUGUCGGUCUGGAUUUCAACGGUUGGUAUUGAAUGAAUCACCAAAAGCCAUUGGAACUCACUGUAUGAUUCAUCGUCAAAUUUUAGCAACAAAGACGCUGCCACAAGAGUUACAAGAAGUAAUGAAAAGCGUCAUAAGUGCCGUCAAUUUUGUAAAAGCGAGUGCUUUAAAUAGUCGACUCUUUUCAAAACUUUGUAAUGAAUUGGAAGCUUCUGCUAACGUUCUGUUAUUUCACACUGAAGUGAGAUGGUUGUCAAGAGGAAAAGUUUUAAAACGUGUCUUUGAUCUUCGUAAUGAACUAAAAACUUUUUUUAAUCAGAAAGCAAAACCGCAGUUUGAAGCACUUUUCAGCGAUGAAAAUGAACUGCAGAAAAUAGCUUACUUGGUUGACAUCUUUGCAAUCUUGAGCGAGUUAAAUUUAUCACUUCAAGGACCAAAUGCAACAUGCCUCGAUUUGUCUGAAAAGAUCCGAUCAUUCCAAAUGAAACUUCAACUUUGGCAACAAAAAUUGGAUGAAAAUAAGAUUUAUAUGUUGCCCAACUUAUCUGCUUUCUUUGAAGAAAAUAACAUUGAACUUGACAAAAGGAUUAAAACAAUAAGUUCUGUCAAAGAACACUUGCAAAUGCUUGCGGACGAAAUUUCAUUGUACUUUCCAAAUGUUCCCGAUACCCCGUUUGCACUUGCUAGAUGUCCAUUCACAGUUAAAAUUGAAGAUGUUCCUGAAAAUGCACAAGAGGAGUUCAUUGAUCUCAUUACCAGUGAUGCAGCAAAAAAUGAUUUCUCUUCCAUGUCAGUUAAUAAAUUCUGGAUCAAGUAUUUGCAGUCAUAUCCUGUUCUGUCUGAGAUUGUGUUGUGCCUUCUUCUUCCAUUUCCGACUACAUAUCUUUGUGAAACAGGCUUUUCAAGCUUGUUGGUUAUCAAGUCUAAAUACAGAAGUAGUCUUGUUGCAGAAGAUGAUCUUCGUUGUGCUCUUGCAAAGACUGCCCCGAGAAUUUCUGAUCUGGUCAGAAAGAAGCAACCCCAGUGUUCGCACUGACGCUUUAGUUUUUUUGAUGCAUGGUAUCGCAACAGUUUUGUAGCAAUGUCAUUUACUGUUAUUAUAUUAAGACUGUCUAAGAUUGUUACUGUUACGCUUUGUUUUCACAUAAUUAUACAAUA